AUGAAGUUCUUUAAAAAGCCAAAACCAGAGAAACUGUUAGAAGCCAUCGUUUUGGACGUGUUGCACUUUGGUACAGGUAAAAAGACAUAUGCUGAAGAUGAUGCAGAACAAAUCAAGGCUGCCAAUCUUCAGUUUCUAGAUGCCACCCCCGUGAAGUGGGGUGAGAACGAGGAUCAUACACAAUCGGCGUUUAUAUUAGACGAAACCAUUCGAGAAGUCAAUCAUCCGUUAAGACGUCAACAGGGCGAUGCGGGUGCCUCGAAUAAUAUUUCCCUGCAAAUGCCAGAUGACUCGGAUGGAGAAAGCUAUCCGGAGAUGGAAUUACCGCCAGACAUUGACAUGAGCGAUCCGAUCAUGUUGGAAGCCAUCAUAGCCCAGCGAGAAUGGGAACGAGAACGACGUCGAUCAGAACGAUCUCAGACGAUUGAAGAAGAUAGUGAUGAUGAAGAUGAAGAUGAGGAUUAUGACUUUGAUUCGGAAUACUCCUCCGAUCGUGAGGAAGAGGACGAUCGAUCGUAUACUGACGACGAUGAUGACGAUGACGAUGAUCGAUCCUAUGCCAGUCGUAGCGUCAGUGUCAUUGACGACGAUGAUGCUAGUCGUAGCGUCAUUGAAGAUGAUGAAAAUUACAGUACUCAUGAUGAUGAAGAUGACUCGAGUUUUCGUCAAGCUCUUGGUGAAGCAGCAACGGAUGAUGAACAUGACGUUGAAACCGAAAACUAUUCGGAUAAUGAGCUAGAGGAUGACAACAGUCAUACCGGAGAUGAACAUGAUGAUGAUGAUGAUGAUAAUGAUAACCAUGAUGAAGACAAUAGUUAUCGUGAGGAAGCACCGGAAGAUAAUUUCAGUGAUGAAUUUUCAGAGACCAAUGAACAAGAACGCCCAAUCGAUGUGGGCGUUCAUGAAGAAAAACCACCAGAGGAAGAUCGUUAUGUUCCCAAUAACGACGAUGAUCAAGAUACUCCAGAUUACUCCGCUCACGCCGAGCGCUGUCAAGAGGAUGAUGAUCGUUAUGAUGAUGAUUCAGAUGCUGAUUAUGAUGCAGCGGAUGAUGCUGCUUCUGCCGAUCAAAGUCACGACGAUCAAAGUCAAAGUCAGUACAGUGGCAGCUACCAAGAUGACGCCACCACCAACGAUGACGAUGACGAUGAUAAAUCCUACGUCUCGGAUGAAAGCAGUGUAAAAGACUCCAAGCGUCGAGCUGUGGAAGGCGACUACGACGACUAUGAUGACCAUCAAGAUGAUGAUCGUUCGGCAUAUUCCCGCUGCGAUCAAUCUGUAGACUCACGGGCUUCCUUUCAAAGUUCUUCGGAAAAGAAUGCUAGUCAUCGUAGCGGUUCGCGCUGCUAUGACUAUUCCGAUGAUGCAUUCUUGCAACAACGGGAAGAGGAAGAAGAACGAGAAUUGGAAACCUUGGAAGAAGCAAGACGAAACUUGGCAGAAGGCGAAAAGAUGCAUCCCUUUCUACUGGAGCAUUACAUGGCCCUCAAAGAACGAAAAGAAGCACGAAGACGAUUGUCCCAAAGAGUCUCGCUUGUUGCUAGAUGA